AUGCCUUUUAGUUUGAAAAAUGCUGGGGCAACUUAUCAACGAGCUAUGGUAGCAUUAUUCCAUGACAUGAUGCAUAAAGAAAUUGAAGUAUAUGUAGAUGAUAUGGUAGCUAAAUCAACAGAGAAUGAGAGUCAUGUUGGAGUCCUUAAAAAGCUAUUUGUGAGAUUACGCGAAUAUCGGCUAAGAUUGAAUCCUAACAAAUGCAUCUUUAGAGCUCUUUUUGGGAAGUUAUUGGGAUUCAUUGUGAGUCGUAGAGUACUAAAAUGGCAAGUUGUACUAUCUGAAUAUGAUAUAAAGCAUGUAAUGCAAAAGUCAAUCAAAGGUAGUGCGAUAGCAUAUCACUUGGCCGAUAAUCCUUUAAAGGAUGACCAGCCAUUAGAUUUUCAAUUUCUUGAUGAAAGUAUAUACCCUACAGAAGAAGGUUGUGAUGAAGGAAAUGAUAAAGAGCAAGAAUGGGAAAUGUAUUUUGAUGGAGCCACCAACAUGCAUGGAAAUAGGGUAGGAGCGGUAAUUGUUUCACCAGAAGGAAAACAAUUUCCAGUGGCCAUCAAAUUGGAAUUUGAUUGUACUAACAAUAUAGCAGAAUAUAAAGCUUAUGUUAAUGGUCUUCGAGCAGCUAUUACCCUUGAUAUACAGUGUUUGAAGGUAUUUAGUAAUUCAGCACUCAUUAUUCAUCAAGUAACUGGAGAAUGGAGAACAAAGGAUGUAAAAUUGAUUCCUUAUCAAGAACUCCUAACAGAUUUGAUUAAGCAAUUUAAGGUUGUUAGCUUUCAUCACUUGACUCGAGAUAAAAACCGUUUCGCUGAUGCUUUAGCCACUUUAGCAGCAAUGAUCCAACUUGAUUGUAGAGUCCAUGUCCAACCCAUUCAAGUAGAAGCUAGAAGCUUUCCAGCAUACUGUCUGAAUGUUGAAGAAGAUCAAGAAGAAUAUCCUUGGUUCGAUGAUAUUAAGGACUAUAUCACUAAGAGAUCAUACCCAACUGGAAUGACUGAGAAUGAAAAGAAAACCCUUCAUCAUUUGGCUAUGACAUUCUUUAUCAGUAAAGAUGUUCUAUACAAGAAGGGUUAUGAUGGUACUUCGUUGUGUGAGUUUAGAAGAAGCAAAGAAAAUCAUGAUUGA